CGACGGCGUGGUCAGGUACUGAACACGAUCACGUGCAGUCGACGACGGCUUCGCCGCUGCUACUCUUCUCUCCACGCGACAGCUUGUUGCGAUGUCGGCUCUGUCCUUUCGUAGUGCAGCCUCUGCUACAUCGACGGCAGGAAGAAAGCUCCGCAGCAGCAGGCACAGCAGCAUUCGUCCUCUUUCGAGCAAAGGUGUUUCUUACAAUGAUAUGGUGAACGGCAACCCCCUCGACCUGCCUAGACUGCCGAUCCCGAAGCUGGAAAACACAGUGUCGAGGUACUUGCAGAGCUUGGAGCCCCUGACGAGGGACCGCCCCGAGGACCUCGCCCGAGCGCGGGCGAGUGCCGACCGGUUUCUGAAAGGGGAUGGCCCUUUGCUGCACUCCAUGGUUGUGGAGAAGGAUGCUGCCCAGAAGGGCUACCCCCACAGCUACAUCGAGGGGCUCUGGGACGACAUGUACCUGGAGGGGAGAUGGAGCCUGCCGAUCAACUCGAACCCCUACUUGGCCCUCAAGCCACCCCCCAAGGACUCUGCGGUGCCCCCGGGCUCCGACCCGCAGAUCGUUGGAGCCGCUAGAUUCAUCUCGUCGUUGCUGAAGUGGAACCGGCGCGUGCGGGAUGGAACGUUCCAGCCGGACGCCGCACGGCCCGGCUGCGUCCGCGGGUACGCUCUGCAGGGCGGCGGGGCGAGGGUGGCCGAAAAGGGGCGGGAUACGGUGCAGCACUACCCUGAGUCCCGCCACGCGGUGGUUUUCUGCAACAACCGCAUCUUCAAGGUUGAGCUGCUUGGAGGGGAGGACGGCCAGUCGCAGAUAAGCGAAGACGACCUCAGCAAGCAUCUCGACGAGAUCCGGAGCUCGGCCUUCUCGGAGCCCUACGGGCCCUCCCCCGGCAACUCGUUCGUGGGGCACCUGCUCACCUCCAAGGGGCGGGACGAGUGCGCCGCUGCCAGGGAGGCCCUGAAGGGAUUCUCCCCGACCAACGGUGCCACGUUGUCGGAGAUCGAUUCGGCGAUAUUUGCCGUUGCCCUCGACGACCACGACACCCCGGACCUGCAGGCCGAAUCUCGCGCGUUUCUUACCGGAGACGGGGGCCGCAACAGGUGGUUCGACAAGCACCAGCUGGUGGUGCUCAAGAACGGCAAAAUGGCCGUAAACUUCGAGCACUCCUUCUCGGACGGGAUGGACUGGACAAGAAUGCUCGGCGAGAUCUGGCACGACAUGUACAGCGUGCAGUCGAGGGGCGUGCUGCUCUUCCCGAAGGCCCCCCUGCUCGCGUCGCCGCCGCCGCCGCCGAGAGAGCUGCUGUGGAAGCUGCCGUACGAGCUGAAGCGGGAGCUGGCGAGUGCCCGGAAGGAGUUCGACGAGGCCUGCGAGGGGUACACGCUGGACCCGGUGGAGUUCCGAGACUUCGGGAAGGACUCUUGCAAGGAGUGGAAGAUGAGCCCCGACGCAGUGGCCCAGAUGGCGUUCCAGCUGGCCUUCAAGAGGCUGCACGGCACGAUGCCCUCGGUGUACGAGAGCUGCACCACCCGCUGGUUCCACCGUGGGAGGACGGAGGUCAUUCGCAGCUGCACGACAGAAUCCGCGGACUUCGUGUCGGCGAUGGAAUCGGAGUCCAAGGGAAAGGACACCCUCCGCGAGGCCCUGAACGCCGCCGCUACCAAACACAUCACGGUCGCCAAGGCUGCCGCUACAGGUGAAGGGGUGGACCGUCACAUGUUGGCCAUGCGCUCGGCGGCGGCGGCGGAGGCUGGUGGUGGUGGCGAGGGGAAUCGUGCGGGGGAGGAGUUUUUCGGGGACCCGCUUGUGGCGGAGAGCGCAGGGUGGAGGCUGUCUACCAGCAACCUUUCGCCGCCUUUCCUUGGCUCCUUCGGGUUUGGCCCUGUAGCCGGCAACGGGUACGGUCUCGGCUACAACAUAGACGGAGACCGCAUCACGGUGCCGGUCACAGCGUUCCGCGGUGGGGGGCACACAGACGGGAAGCUCAUGGCGAAGGAGGUGGUGCGAGCGCUGAGGGAGAUCGGCGAUGUGUGCCGGUGACCCCAGUACAAGAACCGCGUGCGUGCCUGCGCGCGUGGUUGCGGCGUUUGUGAUUUUCCGAAAGUUCCUAUCUUGUGGGAGUUUACGCAGCUGUGUAAUGUCUCACCCGCUAGACAGGAGUCCAACUGAGUCGUGCUGAGCUCAACUUUUUCAAAUAGACCAUAACUAAAGAGAUGCCAUAAUUCAUUGAGUGAAGAGUGGG